AUGGUUUCCCUCCUUAAAGAUAAUCCUCUCUAUAACGAUGUGGAACCUAUAUAUUCAACUGAAGAGGAGUUAGCUUGUGUUAAAAUUGCUCUCUCUGAAGAAUUCAUUGAUAGAUUUGCUUAUAUGCGAGCAUUAAUAGAUGCUGGAGAGUAUUCAAAAAGAUCUUUUGAUUUAACAACAGAAUGUAUACAACUUAACUCAGGAAAUUAUUCUAUAUGGAAAUUUAGAAGAGACUGCCUCAAAAAAUUAAAUUUAGAUUUAAAUGAGGAGUUGCAAAUGAUUUCUGAGGUAAUUCGUGAAAAUCCUAAAAAUUACCAGGUUUGGCGUCAUCGUCAAGAAAUUGUCCAACAUCUUGAUGACUACUCACAUGAAACAUCAUUUCUCCUUGAUAUUAUAAAAGAUGAUGAUAAGAAUUAUCAUGCCUGGCAAUAUAGAGUAUGGUUAUUAAAAAACGAAAAACUAAAGUUUAACAGUGAAAUUACUUUUACAAAUUAUCUUUUGGUACAAGAUUUAAGAAACAAUUCUGCUUGGCAUUAUCGUCAAGUUGUUUUUUCUGAAUCAGGCAAACUUGAAAAUGAUGAAGAGUUAUACAAAAGUGAGGUAGACUUUGUAUUAGAUGCAAUUAAAACUGUUGAUAAUAACGAAAGUGCCUGGAAUUACUAUUUUUGGUUGUUUACUUUGUCAAAAGAUAAAGAAAGUAUAAUUAAAUAUUUAGAUUUUACCAAAACAUUAGAUACAGAAAGUUCCCGUGUCCAGAAAUAUAUAUUCUUUAUUAAAGUUUACUCAAGAUUAUUAAAUAGUAAAGAUACUAAACUAAUGGAAAUAGAUGAAUUGAAAAAAGAAAUUAAAAAUUGUUGUAAUAUGUUAAUACAAUAUGAUUUAACCCAUACUCGUUAUUGGGAAAAAAUAAUUCAAUCAUUAAAGAUGUAA